AUGCAGCGUGGGUCGCAGGCCGAGGCACGACGUGCCGCCGGCCUACCCGUGCUGCCCCGUGAAGUGAUGUACCGUAUCGUACAUGCAUUGUCGCAUCCAGCCUCUGAAGGGGACGCGGCUAGUGUCCAAGCGCUGUUGCGGCUCAGUGCCGUGUGCCACAUCGUUCGUGACUGGGCCUUGUCCGCGUUGUACGAUGUCCUUGUCCUCCCACGGCAUGUGCGUGACUUUCGCAAAUGGUAUGCACGGAUGCGCGCUGCACAGCCGCCCUUCCCCAGCAUUGGCUACGUACGUGCUCUAUUUGUGGGCAUUGAUGAUAUUACACGGCUUACACAGACCUCAGCAGGCUGGGAAUCUGAACUCUUGCGGUUCUUGCACUACCAUGGCUCGACCAUCGAGUACCUCUCUCUGUGGCAGACUGAAUCUCGCGCUUUACUGCGUGAUGCAGCGCAAGUGAGUGGCCAGCACAGUCAUGCUGCCUGGGCGGUCGGUGAGCACCUGUUUGACGAGGCACCCGCCGCGGCGCCCGAGCCUUCUUCGUCCCACUGGGAAGACCAAGAUAUGCCCCAGUGGCUCCGCGACGAGCUGGCACAUGCCCCUACCGACCAAGUCGCGCGACAACACAUGGCCCAUUUCCCUCUCGUUCCACGGGCCGCACCUCAACCACUCGCAUGGCGUCAACGUCCUCGACCACGGCUGUGCACGCCGCGGUGCUUGAGUAUUGUUAUGCAUUAUCCAUUUUACGAAAAUGAACGGCCUGACCUCUUUGCCAAAAUGAUCGUAUGGUCGUGUGUGGAAGAGCUCGAUGUGUACGUCCCUAUGGAACUGGACAAAUCUCUUCAGCUUCUUUCUACGUUGAUCCACACGCCCACACGGCGCCUACGUAUUUCAUCCGCACAUACCACGCUGGCCAUUGAGAGUCUUGCCUCUGCGCCCUGGUCCAAUGCCUGUGACGUUCUUGCCCAUCUCCUUCGUCACGCUACCCUACACGAAGCUUUGCUGCAAGAGAUGCGAGGCCGUGGCGUGUCAGCACCCGAGGUCCUUCGUGCUGCCUGCCUUCGCCAUCUCGCACAGAUGCCGGCAGCAGCCGCAGACAUCCCCCCGCCUACCAUACCUGGACUGCGUCUCUGCUUCACGUCCCCCCACCAGGCGGUUUGGGGCAAGCUUCGGCAUCGAUUGUGGGACUUUCGUGAGCGCGCUCAGUAUGGCGAAGAAGGUGCCUGGGCCGAAUUACUACGGUCACCUACGUAG